AUGGAUAAAGAUCUUAUGUUGAAUUCUCAUCUACUACCGUUAAAUAUCGACGAAAACGAUAUUAAUCAAAAAUCUGAUUCUGAUAUUUGUUCAAUUAGUUCUGAUAUCGAAGUUGAUGAAGUAGAACAAGUAAAUGAAGAUUUUAUUCGACGCAAUCUUACUAACAACGAACACAGUAGUGAAGAUGAACUUGAAUAUUCAACUAAUUUUGAUAAUAAUGAAGAAAUCAUUUGUCUUAGCGAAUUAUCAACUUCCUCAACAUCAAAAACAUUAGUUGUUGCUAAUCAACAUAAACGUCGACAAUGGAGUUUUGAAGAAAAACUUGAAAUUAUUUCUGAAUUUAAUAGAAGUACUUCUUUGCAUCAACUCGAAGUGGCAAAGGAAAAAAAACGUAAACGAAUUGGUGGUGUUGGUGCGAAGCUGGCCUAUUAUGAUUUGGACGAACACUUAAUUAAGUGGUAUCGAUCAAAGCGUGGCUUAGAUCAAGAAGGUAUCAAUGUUUGUAAAGAUAAAGUAACAUUUAAAGGUAUGAUAAGACAAGAAAAAACAAUUGUACUGAAACCAAAAGCAAAGAACCAUCUAUGA